AUGUGGAGCAGCAAACGCAAAGAAUAUGUGACGGUCAAGGACCUGCAGAACAUUCUGGACUCGUGCAAACUACGUCUCAGCCACAUUGAUGAAGUCUGGCCCAAUAUAUACAUAGGAAACGUGACAGUGGCCCAGACCAAGUCGGCCUUAAUGGAGCUUGGCAUCACCCAUGUGCUGAACGCGGCACACGCCAAACCGGGCAGUAUCGGCAACCAGAGUUUCUACGGCAACGACUUCGAGUACUGCGGCAUACCCGCCGACGACUCGACUCACUUUGACCUGGAUGUCUACUUCAGACCUGCUGCCGACUUCAUCCACAAAGGACUGAAGUCCCCUCGUGGCAAAGUUCUUGUGCACUGCAUCAUGGGAAUGAGCCGCUCGUCCACAUUGGUUCUGGCCUAUCUGAUGAUCUACCGCCGCCUGAGCCUACAGGAGGCCCUCCGGCGGCUGGUCUGCAAGAGGGCUAUCUACCCCAACAGGAACUUCCUGGCCCUGCUCAUCGACCUGGACCUGCACCUGCAGCGCCGCAACAAUGCACGCAGGAAUAGGAAAGGGGCCUGCCUUAUCUUGUGA